UUGUGGUGAGCGUUGUCUCUUGUUCUUUAGGAAGCCUGGGGAGCAGUGGCGCGGCCAUGGAGCUGCUGACUGGGACUGGCCUGUGGCCCGCGGCCAUAUUCACAGUCAUCUUCAUACUGCUGGUGGAUCUGAUGCACAGGCGCCAGCGCUGGGCUGCCCGCUACCCACCAGGCCCUGCGCCGUGGCCUGUGCUGGGCAACCUGCUGCAGCUGGACUUAGAGAACAUGCCGUACAGCAUGUACAAGCUUCGAAACCGCUAUGGUGACGUGUUCAGCCUGCAGAUGGCCUGGAAGCCUGUGGUCAUCAUCAAUGGAGUGAAGGCCGUGCGGGAAGCGCUGCUGACCUGUGGAGAGGACACUGCUGACCGCCCUGUGGUGCCCAUCUUUGAGUACCUGGGUUUGAGGCCCAGAUCCCAAGGUGUGGUCCUUGCACCAAAUGGGCCUGAAUGGCGAGAGCAGCGGCGGUUCUCUGUGUCCACUCUGCGCAACUUCGGCCUGGGCAAGAAAUCGCUGGAGCAGUGGGUGACAGAGGAGGCUGGCCACCUCUCUGACGCCUUCACCGACCAGGCUGGGAGUCCCUUUGAUCCCAGCACCAUGCUGAACAAAGCUUUGUGCAAUGUGAUCGCAUCUCUCAUUUUUGCCCGUCGCUUUGAGUACGGAGACCCUUUCCUCACCAGGAUGCUGAGCCUAUUGGAAGAAAGUCUGACAGAGAUCUCUGGCUUCAUUCCUGAGGUUCUUAAUGCGUUCCCAGUGCUCCUGCGUGUGCCAGGGCUGGCUGAAAAAGUCUUGCAAAAUCAGAGGACCCUCAUGGCUAUGGUAGAUCACCUGUUGAUGGAAAAUAGAACCACCUGGGACCCUGCCCAGCCACCCCGAAAUUUGACCGAUGCCUUCCUGAAUGAGGUGGAGAAGGCCAAGGGGAACCCUGAGAGCAGCUUCAAUGACAAGAAUCUGCGCAUGGUGGUGGCUGACCUGUUCACUGCAGGGAUGGUGACCACAUCAACCACGCUGUCCUGGGCCCUGCUGCUCAUGAUCCUGCACCCGGAUGUGCAGCGCCGAGUCCAACAGGAGAUUGAUGAAGUCAUAGGGCAGACGCGGCGCCCAGAGAUGGCCGACCAGGCCCGCAUGCCCUACACCAAUGCUGUCAUCCAUGAGGUGCAGCGCUUUGGGGACAUCUCCCCAUUGAAUUUGCCCCGCCUCACAUCCCGUGACAUUGAAGUCCAGGACUUUCUCAUCCCCAAGGGGACAAUGCUCAUCCCCAACCUGUCCUCCGUGCUGAAGGACGAGACCGUCUGGGAGAAACCCCUCCGCUUCCAUCCUGAGCACUUCCUGGACGCCCAGGGACACUUUGUGAAGCAUGAGGCCUUCAUGCCAUUCUCCGCAGGGCGCCGCGCAUGCCUGGGGGAGCCCCUGGCCCGCAUGGAGCUCUUCCUCUUCUUCACCUGCCUCCUGCAGCGCUUUAGCUUCUCGGUGCCUGAUGGACAGCCCAGGCCCAGUGAUUAUGGCGUCUUUGCAGUUCCGGUUGCCCCCUCACCCUACCAGCUCUGUGCUGUGCUGCGCCAGCAGGGACACUAAUUGCAGUCCUGUUCCUCAGGAAGGGCCAAGCCACGCACAAUAAACCAGUCUUGUGG